AUGGACUUGCCUUUCAUAACUCUCGAUGUCUUUACAAAGACGCCAUUCCGGGGCAACCCGCUGGCCGUCGUGACCAUUCCACCACCAAGUCAGCAGCCUCCCCUCACGCAGGCCCAGAAGCAAGCCAUCGCCCGAGAGUUUAAUCUCUCAGAGACAGUCUUUGUUCACGAUGUCGAUGCUUCCUCGCCGUCAUCGGAGAGAACCAUCAAUAUCUUUACUCCUGAUCGUGAACUGCCCUUUGCCGGUCACCCGACUAUCGGCACCGCGGUUUUCCUCAGAUCUCAGGGCGUAGAGACUCUUAUCGCCAAAGCGGGGAAAAUCGAAUGUCAAUUUGGACAGGAUGGCUCGGCGCGUGCUGCUAUCCCUCACAACGUCAGACUUCACCAGCAACGGCUCACUCGAGCCGAGUACACCGGUUCAGAUGAGAAACUCGCACAGGUUGCCGCAGCUGAGGAAGGCGCUCGACUUUUCAGCAUCGUCAAGGGCAUGACAUUUGCUCUUCUUCAGCUACCAUCGUUGGAGCUUCUCGGGGCUGCCAGAAUCGGAGCCAUGGGAUAUCUAUCCGGCGAUCUGCAAGACGAAGGAUGGCGCACAGACUUUGACUCGAGGCGGUACUACUUUGUACUUACUGGCCACGAAACGGCACCUGAUGGAAAGACGUUUGUGCAAAAGGUCAGGACGAGACUCGUGAAGCGCGCAAUGGAAGAUCCGGCCACGGGUAGUGCAGCUUGUGCCCUGUCUUCCUAUCUAGCCUUGCAUGUCUUGUCUGCCGACUCGGUCAGGGUUGAGAUCACCCAGGGCGUUGAGAUGGGUCGGGAGAGUCUCAUCGUGGUGGAUGUUGAGGUGCAGGUGCUGUCUUCGGGAGAGCGUGAGGUAAAGACGGUUCACCUCAGUGGAACUGCAGUCGAGGUCAUGAGCGGAGUCAUCAAGGCCAAGCCGAUCAAUUCGGACUAG